GGCUGUACAAUCAGCUUCUUCUGAAAGCAUGGCUCAAUGAAUGAACACUCUUCAUUUCAGGUAGCCAGCCAACACAACAUUGAGAUCACGUUUACAGAUACACAGACAGAUGGCUGACAAGCAGAUCAGUUUACCUGCCAAAUUGAUCAAUGGGGGAAUUGCUGGACUGAUUGGUGUGACAUGUGUAUUUCCUAUUGACCUAGCCAAGACCCGUCUCCAGAACCAGCAAAAUGGUUCCCGUCUCUACACCAGCAUGUCAGAUUGCCUUAUCAAGACCAUCCAAUCAGAGGGGUACUUUGGCAUGUACAGAGGUGCUGCUGUGAACCUGACUCUGGUCACUCCAGAGAAGGCCAUCAAACUAGCUGCCAAUGACUUCUUUAGACAGCACCUGUCCAAGGAUGGUCAGAAGCUCACCCUGCUGAGGGAGAUGCUGGCGGGUUGUGGUGCUGGUACAUGUCCAGUCAUCAUCACCACUCCCAUGGAGAUGCUAAAGAUCCAGUUACAGGAUGCAGGGCGGAUAGAGGCUCAGAGGAAGCUGAUGUCCCAGGCUGCAGUUGGGGCCCCUGGGGGCCCAGUGGAGUUGGGGUCCCAUACAGCAAUGCAGCUCACCCGGGAGCUGCUGAGGAGCCAGGGCAUUGCAGGGCUCUACAAGGGCCUGGGGGCCACACUCCUGAGGGACGUGCCAUUCUCCAUAAUCUACUUCCCCCUGUUUGCCAAUCUGAACAGUCUUGGUGGCCGUGGGGCUGAUGGCCCCGCUCCCUUUUAUGUGUCCUUUGCAUCAGGCUGCAUCGCUGGCAGUACAGCUGCUGUGGCAGUUAAUCCUGUGGAUGUGAUUAAGACCAGAAUUCAGACCAUGACACGGGGAAGUCAGGAGGACACCUACGGCGGAGUGACAGACUGCAUCAGGAAGAUUCUGCGCCAAGAGGGUCCCUCUGCUUUCCUGAAGGGGGCGUACUGCCGUGCUCUGGUCAUUGCUCCCCUCUUUGGCAUCGCACAGGUGGUCUACUUCCUGGGAGUGGGAGAAUUCCUUCUCAGCUUCCUGCCUCAACAGAACAACUAGUCUUGCACUCUCAUACACAGCCCACAUUGGAGCCAGGUAAUCUGUCACUUUCCUCUCAGACACAGCCAACAUUAGCCUAAGCCCUAAGGAGUUAGUCAGAGAGAGACAGAACGGUGUGUGUGUUCUAGACCAAAGUUUGUCCUUUGCACCUGUUGAGGGUGUUCUGAUAGGUCAUAAUUUAUUAUAUCCCCUACCUGAGAUGAAUUACUGUAAAUAUUUAAAUUUAGGUCUGAUUUAUAACUAUAUGAUAAUAAUUCAAUAUAAUUUCAAGUGUACUUUUAGUUGUGCUUUAUCAAGGUUUAGUCAUGGAAUUCUCUUUAUUGUUUGUACUAAGAUAAUGCUAUCAUAAUAUAUAAAUCUGUCAAACAUGACUGUACUGUAAUAUCUUCUGUCUGUAUUGAUGCUAUGUUUUCUUGUGGUUUUGUGGCUGUUUUGCACAGCUUCUGUACCUCUUUCCAAAUMGUGUUUCCCUCUUCAUCCAUAAAGAAGCUUUAGAAUUGCAUUCUUCUUCCAAGAAUGCACUGAGUAUUUCAUCACAGUGAUACUAAGAUCUGAUCUGAGGUGUAUUCACUAUUCAGGAUUACCAAAGAUAACAUAAGAUGUUGGCAGAUGUUGGAAACGAUGUACUCAAGCUGUGGGCUUUGAAAGAGUCAACAUUGCCUGCAGAAGACGUCGCUGGUUGGUGGCAUUGGUGAUUACACACCAAACACAAUUAGUUGCCCAGCCACCAUGUUGGCACCAUUUUGUAACUAGAUGUCAGUUCAGGGACCUGCCUGAAUUUGUCCGAUAGAAACUCUCACUUUCGUGGGCAAAAUGUUUUCCGUUUGAAGUAACCGGUUUCUGUUAGAAAACAUUUUGCAACAGACAAAACGUUUUGCAACAGAAUCUGCAUAAUGAAUACACCCCAGGGUUCUGAGAGUGGCCCUUCACUCAGCCAGAGUCAAGUCAUCAAAUCAAAAAGAUAAAAACCCACCCUUGACAUUUGUGCAAGCCCAUCGCCAUUAUCAUUACCGAAAGGUACAUUUGUAGACCCUGUAUGACCCUGUAUCAUAGUAACCUAGAUUCUAUAUUGUGCUGGUUCUUCACUGGACCGUUAUUCCCUCUUUUCAGGAGGACACAUGCACGUCCAAGCACUUUUAUGUCGCCACCCCUCUUCCCUCCCCUGUAGAUAUGGUGGGUGUUGGGUUAUCAGUUUGGAGUUGUGAAUAUGGAUGUACACUGAAGGUGUAAAACAGACUGACAGCUAUUGUAUUAUUCAUUUGAGGUAAAAUAAGAACAGAAAAAAUGUAUUCCCCUCGUAUAUAUUGCUGUCUGAAAAUAAUGAAUGGGAUUGUGCUACCRGUGUUGCCUUAUGAUUCUUUCUCUCUAUUUGUGUGACAGCCUUUGGUGUGUGGUUUGUCCUCAUUCUACCGUAACAAGUCUCAAGGAAAUCUGAAGAUUUCCCCUAGACUGUGGUAACCAAGGAAACAAUGGAGGGAUUGUUUGAUGCAUUUGCUUCACCAAAUUAAUCUAUCUCAGUAUCUCGCUGUCUCUGUCGGCCUGUCUCAUUCAUAAGGAACCAUUGUCAUGUGUCCAUCCAAUAGCCAGAUUCUCUAGUUCACAUGGGCAUGGCUUUCCUUGUGUCCUGUUGCUUUCUUGGCAAUAUCUCAUUUGGAGGAGAUCCAUUUCCCACCUGCAGUGUUUGUCUUUCUCCACUCCCAUGGAUACCACUCAGAUCCCAUUUGAAAACAAGCAAGCAGAGACACUGUGUAUAGAGGACACAUUAUUUACACCUUCCGUUGUUAUGUGGUUAUUACAGUGUUAGCAUCUGUCCAGUAGAUGGAGCAGCUACAAGCCGGCAUGCAUUUAAUGUAUACUGCAUUUCAUAGAAUUUAAUACAAUUACAAGAAGGA